AUGGAUGGACUCAAAGACCGAUGGGAAGCUUUCGAGGCGGAUCAUCCUAGGAUACGCACGAUCAUUGAGACAGUGAAGCCCUAUAUUCCGCCAGUGAACUUCAUCACGAUACACUAUGCGUACUUCAUCAGCGUUACGCUCGUGGGAACGCUAAUCUUCUGGGGCGCCUCAAACCCAUCGAAAAGUAUUGGGUGGUGGGAUUGCAUGUUCAUGUGCAUGAGCGCCAUGACCGCUUCGGGACUCAAUUCCGUGAACGUUAGUCAACUCACUACGUUCCAGCAAGUGGAACUGGCGGUGUUGAUGAUGAUGGGGAGCCAGGUGCUGGUCAGCUACUUCACGGUUGCUUUUAGGAAACACAUUUUCGAGAAGAGGUUUGAGGAUAUCGUGGAGGCUGAGAAAGAGAGACGGAAUGCCCGGAAGGGAAAUGUUGGGGCUGUGGUCGGGAUGACAGGAGCAAUGUUUGGAUUGCCGGUUAUGGGGUCGUUUGGGAAGGGCAAGAAAGGGAGUAAGACGAACGGAGAGAUGAAGGUUGUGACGCCUGCGGAGAAACGCGCGGAGGAUAUACCGCCCAGCACACCGAUCAUGGAAGACCAGGCUCAGACGGGACUGUCACCAAUUUCACUUCUUUCAAGAGAAAGGAGUCCGCCACAGCAUAUCGGCUUUCUGGACCCCAUACAAGAGCGUCUUUCCCACGAAAGGCCCAUGUCAGCAACGACAGGACACUCGAUCUAUAACGUACACAGCCAGCAGAGCAUAUCGAAGCGUCGCCGCUCACUGGCUGAAGAGUCUAAGCUAGACGACAGCUUCAACGUGCAGACCUUCGUCAAGGAGCAAAAGCGCAACAUUGGCCGCAACGGGCAGUUCUUCAACCUGUCAUCAGACCAGCGAGAGUACCUGGGUGGUGUCGAGUACCGUGCGCUCAAGUUCCUCUCCAUGUUCGUUCCCGCCUACUUCAUACUCUGGCAGCUAUUUGGCGGAAUUGCACUAGGGGCAUAUAUGUCCGUCUACGAAAAGGAGGCUUGCGCUGUCAAUGCGCAGAACCCUUGGUGGGCUGGCAUCUUCCUCGCUAUCUCUGCGUACAGCAAUGCUGGCUUUACGCUACUGGAUGCAGGCUUCAUACCCUUCCAGUCCUCAUACUUCAUCCUGGUCAUAGUAACGAUACUGUCACUCGCUGGACCUGCCUCCUUUCCCGUCGUCGUACGCUUCCUUAUCUGGAGUAUGUCUACACUUCUCGAUCUUUUCUCCAAAGACAAGGAGUACGGCGUAUGGAAAGAGGGCUUUGACUUUAUCCUCAAAUUCCCACGUCGCGUAUAUACCAGCAUGUUCCCUUCACGGGACACCUGGCUGUUCAUUGCAACCUUUACCUCGUUUGUAGUGGUAGACUGGAUCCUGAUUCUCGUUCUCAGCAUUGGGAAUCCGACCAUGGAAGUCAUACCCAUCGGUCAACGCGUCUUCAUCUCCCUCUUCGAAGGUUUCUCGAUCCCGACUGGAGGUUACGCUAUUGUCUCGCCCUCAGCGAUGUACUUCGAUGUCCAGGUUUUGUGGCUGGUUGUCUUCUAUACCGCCGCGUACCCACACAUCAUCACCAUGCGCAAGACCAACGUAUAUGAGGAGAGAUCUCUGGGUAUCUAUGAGGGUGACGAAGCUGAGCCAGAACAGCUCCACUCCGCAUCCAGCUCGCUCUUCGAUGUCGACGCCGCGAUACCGUCUUUGCCGACCGCUGAAUUAGAGCCGGAGAAAUCGCGUCUUGCGCCCAUAAAAUCCCUCGGGCAAGUCGGCCGCCGCGGCACUGCCUUCGUAGGCCGUCAACUCCAGCACCGCAUGACGGCCUUCCAGGGCGUGGGUGUCGCUCCUAUACCAGCCGCAACACCCGCCCCAUUGAAGCGAUCAAAAACCAUGGACUUCAAUCGUGCGACGUCAAUCCACUCGCUCUCCUCACACCCAGCGACCCGACCCCCCUCUCUCAUAAGCCAGCAAGUCAGGGGCCAGCUUUCGCACGACGUAUGGUGGAUAGCUCUUGCGCUUUUUCUCAUUACGCUCAUCGAGACACACCACUCUAUCGAAGACCCCCGUACAUACAGCGUGUUCACCAUUCUGUUUGAAAUUGUGAGUGGAUACACGACUAUUGGGAUUAGUAUUGGGUUGCCGGAUCAAUCGUACAGUUUCAGUGGUGGCAUGUAUACAGGGAGCAAGAUCAUCAUGAUCUUGGUUAUGUUGAGAGGAAGGCAUAGAGGGUUGCCUGUAGCGCUUGAUCGCGCGGUUAGGUUGCCUGGGAAGAAGUUGGGUGAGAUGGAAGAGGAAGAUGCAGAGAUUAGGAGUAUGUUCUCUCAGUGA